CAACAUGCCAAAUGGAUGAGCUUGUGUAUUGCACAUUUACAUCUAGUAUUUUUUAAGGGUUCUAUUGACUCAAAACAACAAACAAUAUAACAUGUUAAUAAACAAAUUUAACAAAAUAUCUGAUUAUAUAAUUUGAUGCUGGCGCCGCUAAACUUGUGACGUUGUGGGUCAGCUGACGUCCUCUCAAACUCACAUGAUAGCGUAUUGUCGGAUUCGUCUUCUGCUUGCUUGGCAUUGUCAGAGCACAAUUUUGGAAAAGCCGGCUGGUUCCGUCAUGGUGGAUUUCGGGUCCAUAUGGGAAAGAUCGAUGGCAAGUGCUAAAAGCUAGCUGGUCAGCUCAGCUUUGUUUAGCCUGGUUUUAGCCUCUUCCAGAGGCGAGCAAGAAGCGACAAGAACUGCCGUCUGCUUUACUAUCUUGUUGUCACUGUCUUCGUCAGAUGUUGUGACAUAAUCCCACACGCUUCCAAAUGGGUCCUGACGGCAAGAAGUUGGUCAACGUCAUUGUCCUGGGCGUGGCCUUCAUGUUCAUCUUCACAGCCUUCCAAACAUGCGGCAACAUCGAGCAAACGGUGAUCAAAAGCUUGAACAGCACCACCUUCCACGCCAGCGGCUACACCAGCAUGGCUGUGAUCUACGGCGUGUUCUCGGCAUCCAAUCUGCUGGCGCCGUCGGUGGUGGCAGUGGCGGGCGCCCAGCUGUCCAUGUUCUUCAGCGGGCUGCUGUACAGCGCCUACAUCGCCGUCUUUGUCUACCCGUACACGUGGAGCUUCUACACCGCGUCCGUGCUGGUGGGCGCCGGCGCCGCCGUGCUGUGGACGGCGCAGGGGAACGUGCUGGCGCUCAACUCGGACCAGCACACCAUCGGCAGGAACAGUGGCGUCUUCUGGGCCCUGCUGCAGUGCAGCUUACUGUUUGGAAACCUGUUCAUCUUCUUCGCCUGGCGUGGACACGAGCACAUCUCAGACAAGGACCGGCAGACGGUAUUCAUCUCCCUGACGGUCAUCAGCCUGGUGGGCUGCUUCCUCUUCUUCCUCAUCCGGAAGCCCGACGCGGAAGCGGAAAUAGCGCCUGGCGACGAAUCGGAGGCCCCGCUGCUGCCCUCCGACUCGGGCGAGAGUGCACUCGGCUCGCCUCUCUCGCAUGUCUGCUCGCAAGCCCUGGACGCUUUUGUGCGGGCAUGCAAGAUGUUGGUGACCAAGGAGAUGUUGCUGCUCAGCCUGUCCAUCGCGUACACAGGCGUGGAGCUGACGUUUUACAGCGGCGUGUACGGCACAUGCAUCGGCGCCAUGACGGGCUUGGGAGCGGACGCCAAGAGCUUGAUGGGGCUGUCGGGCAUCUGCGUGGGCCUGGGCGAGAUCCUGGGCGGGGGCGUCUUCGGCGUGCUCAACAAGGGCGGCCGCGGCCGCGUGGGCCGCAAUCCCGUGGUGCUGCUCGGCUUGCUGUCGCACUACGUGGCGUUCUACCUCAUCUUCAUCAACAUCGCCGAUGACGCCCCCCUGGCGCCUGAAGAGGGAACCGAGCUCACCGCCUUCAUUCGGCCCAGGUUGCCCCCGACUCGAAACGCAACACCACAUACAAAUGUGUGGGCGUGGCGUUGCUGUGCAGCUUCCUGUUGGGCUUGGGCGACAGCUGCUUCAACACGCAGCUGCUCAGCAUCAUCGGCUUCACCUUCCGCAACAACAGCGCCCCCGCCUUCGCCAUCUUCAAGUUCAUACAGUCCAUCUUGGCGGCGUUGGCCUUCUUCUACAGCAACUUCCUGCUGCUGCACUGGCAGCUCCUCAUCAUGGUCGUGCUGGGAUUCGCCGGCUCGCUCUCCUUCUUUGCCGCUGAGUGGCGGGCGCAGGCAGCCGCGGCAGAUGGCAUCUGAUGAGGACGACGAUCCGCUUCACACAUUACGAUCACCACCAAAUCCGCACAUUCACUUUAAAGACGCACGGAAGCAUGAUGGGAAAUGCCGGUGGUGGCUGGCUCGAGUUGAUUUUAUUUUUUUACCUGAAAUAAGAAGGGAAAACAGAGACUAAAUGUUUACCGUAAAGGUGAUUAAUUCAAAAGCCGAAAUAAAGUUUCGAAGAGCAAUACUUUGGUGUACGUUACAAUAAAUGCCCAUAGAGAUCCAA